GACAUGCAAAGCUCCUCUGCCUCCGUUGUUGAUAAGGGAGCUGUGGGACUCAUUUGGCCAAACCUUUUGUUUUCCCCACAGCUUUACAUAAAUCCCCCCUGACCCCCUCACCUCCUCGUUCUAAAUAGAGAGCAGGAGGGAAGAGAGGAGGGAAGAGAGGAGAGGUCCGAGCAAGGAGCAGGGCAGAGAGAGGGAGAGAGAUGUCGAAGGAGGUGAGCGAGGAGGCGGAGCAAGCGCCGCCGAAGGACUACGCCGAUCCACCGCCGGCGCCUCUGCUGGACAUGGGAGAGCUCCGGCUGUGGAACUUGUACCGGGCCUUGAUCGCCGAGUACGUGGCCACCCUCCUCUUCCUCUACGUCACCAUCGCCACCGUCAUCGGAUACAAGGUCCAGUCCCAGAACGACCCGUGCGGCGGCGUCGGCUACCUCGGCAUCGCCUGGUCCUUCGGCGGCAUGAUCUUCAUCCUCGUCUACUGCACCGCCGGCAUCUCCGGGGGUCAUAUUAACCCGGCGGUGACGUUCGGGCUGUUUCUGGCGAGGAAGGUGUCUCUGCUGAGGGCUUUGCUGUACAUGGUGGCGCAGUGCCUGGGUGCCAUCUGCGGCGUGGGCAUCGUCAAGGGGAUCAUGAAGCACCCCUACAACUCUUUAGGUGGAGGGGUCAACGAGGUCGCUUCCGGCUACUCCAAGGGCACCGCCCUCGGCGCUGAGAUCAUCGGCACCUUCAUCCUCGUCUACACCGUCUUCUCCGCCACCGACCCCAAGCGCAAGGCCCGUGACUCCCACGUCCCGGUCUUGGCUCCGCUUCCAAUUGGGUUCGCAGUGUUCAUGGUACACCUGGCCACCAUUCCCAUCACCGGGACCGGCAUCAACCCGGCCAGGAGCUUGGGACCUGCCGUUAUCUACAACAACAAGAAGGCCUGGGACGACCAGUGGAUCUUCUGGGUGGGACCGUUCGUGGGGGCGUUGGCCGCGGCGGCGUACCACCAGUACAUCCUACGCGCGGCGGCCAUCAAGGCGCUGGGUUCGUUCCGGAGCAGCCACGGCAACUGAGCUUGGAAGGAGUAAUUAGUAAAGUUACGAGGAAAGGAGGUGGUUGGGAUGGUGUAGCCGGCUCGCUCUAUCCUUUCUUCUUUGUCUGUUGUGUAUGUGAGAGAGAGAGAGAGAGAGGAGGGGAGGGGGAGGAGAAGGACGAGUUGUUGGUUUCACUUUACCUUCUUUUUCUGGUUUCGUUUUGUGCUUAUCUCUAUCAUGUGUAAUGUAAGGGGGAUGGAUGUGUGUUUAAUUUGUUUGAUUAAGUUGGGGAAUUAAAUUAAAUGAUCCGUCGUUUUCCUGUUGCUGUUA